GACACAGGUUACGAACGGCAGUGCUGUGUGGCGGGCGGAGUAAUCGCGGUCCAUUUCUUUUGAUGAAUGGGAGGCAGCAGUCUAUGAAAUAGCAUACUCGUAGUAAUUUUAUGCAGCUAUAGCGAUAAAGUACAAGCCUAAAUCAAUAUUUUUAUUUGGUCCGUAGUUACUUCAUUAGCUUAGAACCCGAUUUUUUGUCUGCACAGUUUUCUUAUGCGGAAGAAAGCUGUUGCUCGGCGAAGCGUUUCCCGCCAAUUUGCCGGACUAUAUUUUUUUUCGCAUGUGUGUGGGUGCAUAUGCAUAUCAGUGGUUGACUGUGAGUGUGGUCGUGUGUGUGUGUGUGUGGUUAGGUAAUUUCGUGCUCGAACAAACCAACUUUAAUCAUGGGGCUCUCAAGUGAAGGUGAUCAAGAGGUCAGAGCUUGUUUUCAGGAGGUUUGCUCCAGCCUGAACAUGGAUCGUCUCACGUCUGAUCAAGCUUUGAACACGUACGAGAACAUCAGCAUGAACUACACUCUCGAGGGCAACAUGCGGCAUUGGAUUGCUUGUGCGCUCUAUGUUGAGUGCAGGAAUGGGAACGUGCCCACAGUAGCCCACACAUCACGCAUCGAAGGCAACUGUGUCUCCCUUACCAGGCUGCUGUCAAUAUGCAGGAUUAGUUUGCUUGAUUUUUUUACGAAGAUGAAAAAGUGGGCAGAUAUGGCCAAUUUGAAUGAACGGAUGCGACAACGCAUUGAAACUAUCGAGAAGAGCUUCUGCGUCACCGCAAAAAUCUAUGAAAAAUAUGUCCAGAUUUUUGCCACCAUAUUUAAGGAGCACCAAGGUGCGGCUCAGCGUCGUUCCAUCAAGGCUGUGAAGCGGAGGGUUCACAGGCCUACUCAAUGCAAUUCAAAUGACAUGUUCAAUUUCAUCUGGACGCUCUAUGUGUACAUCAAAGGUCGUUUCUCAGCCAUCUGCUGUGACCUUGUCAACUGCUACCACCUCUUGUUGUGUUGCAUUGACUAUGGCUAUUGUACAGCACUAGCUGCAAAACGUGUGGACCUUCUCGACCCCAAAUUUUACGAAGCUCAGCAAGAUAAACUAAAGAAAGACAGUGACAAUCAGGAUGUGGGAAUCAUCAGAGAACUCGUGAAAAGCCAUGAUGGCAACUUUGAGGAUGCUUCGGUUCUCAAAGCCCACCACUUCAGGUAUCCCAUUCAGCAGCUUAUGGAAGAAAAGAUUCUGCAUGGUGACUUCAAGACUCUUGCAUUGUCUCUUGAACCAGCAGCCUUUGACACCAGCAUCAAAAAGCUAAACAAAACCUAUGAGGAGGGUGUCCUGAAGGAAGGUGACCUAGAUGAGCGGAUCUUUCUUGAUGACAAUGCCCAGGAGCGAAUAGGUACACCACGACAUACCUUGGACUCUGUGCAGCGUGAGCUACGAAUGUGCCAAGCUGACACCGUAGUCAAGCUGGUGGAGGUUCCCCAGCUUCUGACACCCUUGACAGGCCGCAGCAAUCUGCACAACCGUGAGGCCAUCAAUCGGAGCCCAGUGUCGACUGCUACUCAAUGUGCGAGCAAGUUGCAGGCUCUUUUGGCUGGCUGCAAAAAUGCCCCAAGCAAGGAGCUACAGGCUCUCUUCAGCACACUUGAUCCUUCUCUGGAAACCAUUGUCUUGGAGACUGUGAAGUCAAUGGGGGACGCCUUCUGUACUGCAUAUGCCCAGCCUACAUCUGACCAGCGAGGUACCAGUGCACAUAUGGAUUUUGCUCGGAAACGGCUGCAGUUAGGAGAGACAUUGUUCUACAAGGCAUUUGAAAAUAUUGUUAACAUUGAAAUGAAGCAGAAAAGGCCAAAUAAUACAGACCUUGCAGCACAUCUAAGUCACAGUGUCUUCCAGCAGUCACUUUUUGCAUGCUGCUUGGAGAUUGUGAUGUUCUGCUACAACUCACAACGAGAUUUUCCUUGGAUCUUGGAAGUCUUCAAUUUGAUGCCUUACAACUUCUACAAGAUCAUUGAGCCUUUAAUCCGUGCUGAGGAGGGCUUGUGGCGAGAAGUGGUGAAGCACCUUAACCAUAUUGAGGAGCAAAUCCUGGAGUGUCUCUCUUGGAAGGAUGACUCACCUCUGUGGGAUGCUAUAGAGCAUUCUGAACAGCCCGUACCUAUGUGCAAAGAGGUAUUGCUUCAGCGGCAAAUCGAGACGUUCCAGGAAACUGAUGGAAAUGAUAUUGGUGAACCACAUACUCCUGUUGCCCAUUCGCCACUAAAGGGUCCAAGAGGUGACCAGGAGGGUUCCUUAUCAAACAGGAAGGACGUGCCACUUUCACCUGUGUCGGUGACGGAGCGGUUCCAGUCUCCAGGCAGUGCAGUGCGUCGCAGGCUAUUUGCGCCCAACAGCACAGGAGGUGGUGCUAGCGCCCCCUUACAGCAGAGCCCCCGGGUGGAGUCGGGCGCCAUGGGCCAGACGCGCACCGUGUCCAUCACGGUGCAGCCUGUUCAAGCUGGCUGCACCACUCGUUACGUUACUGUAGAUAGCAAGAGUGCUGCAGCACCAACGGCAGAUGGCACAAGACCCAACAUUGUUACGGUGACCUCAGCACCUGAAGCCCCUAAAGAAAACAAGCCACUUCGUUCUGGCUCUUUGGCCCUUUUCUUCCGAAAGGUAUACCACUUGGCAGGCGUACGAUUUCAAGACCUCUGUGCAAGACUAGGAAUCCUGCAGAAAGACAUCCAGCUCAAAAUAUGGACAUGCUUUGAGCAUUCUAUUGUCUGCCACAUUGAUCUCAUGAAGGACCGACACUUGGACCAGCUCAUCUUGUGUGCAGUUUAUGUCAUCACUAAAGUGACCAGAGUUGAAAAAAGCUUUCAAGAAAUUCUGCACUGCUACCGGCAACAGCCUCAGAACAAGAGCCACGUGUAUCGCAGUGUACUGUUGCGGAAGAAUCCAACACAUAGUGAUAACAGCAGCCGCACAGGCUCCAACUCCAGUUCACCUGUUCCGGUUGACAAAGAUGAUGGAGAUAACAAAAGGACUGAACAAUUGAGCUCCACACGGUCAUCCAGCACACUUCCCAUGAUGCUUCCCAAUAGUCAGCCUCCAACUCCAACUCGCUUGGCUGGCACUGCAACACAGUUUGAGUUCGAUGAACGGGGUGACAUCAUAAAGUUUUACAAUGAAAUCUACAGGAAAAGGAUGACGACAUUUGCCAUAAAAUUCUCUCCGGAUUCAAGCAAGAAUGAAAGUGUUGGCUUGACACCAUUGCCUCGAGCCAAAUGUGUGGUCAACUCACCACGGCGGCAGGUGUCCCACAACAGAAAAGUUUUUGUGUCACCACUGAAAGCUGGUUGCUAUCCUGUGUCACCCAAGCACCAUACUUAUCACUUUAGCCAAAGUCCAGCCAAGGAUCUGCGUGUCAUCAAUCGUAUGGUUCAGAGCAGCGAGAAUGUGAGCAAGCGCAUCUUGCAUGAGGAUGAUAUUUCGGAAGAUGAUUCCCCUGCCACAAAGCGGUGUUUCUUCAAGAAGAUUCAAACAGUAAUGAAGGAGCGCCAAGACGUCUGUGGUGGAGGCAGCAGCGCAGACAACUGAAGGGAGGGAAUGGGAAGACGAAGUUUUCUGCCAUUAUAUAUUUAAAGCACUGUCAUUUUCAUUUUCUGAUAGACUGGCAUCCCUCAUCUGUUUUCUCAUUCACUGUUGCUUUCAUUUACACAUUUAGGGACUGUUCUUGUGCACAUGUGACUGCAUUGACAGUGUGCAGGCUCCGCCUGAGCAUUGUGCAAGAAUGGCUGCACCAACUACAUGUGCCGGGGCAUGUAAAUGGAGUUAUCCUUGAAAUGAGAAGCGUGAAAGCUGAGUGGUCUGUCUUGUGUGAGCAGAUUUCAUCAUUUUUGCAUCUCAGUGGCUAUCACAGGAGGAAGCGUAGUCUAUUUGUGUGUGUGUGUUUCUUUUAGAACAUUUCAGAAACAAAAGCUCCAUUUGCUUGAAAUGCUUCUGCACUAAGCACUGCAGUGUCUGUGUGGUGCAUCGUCAUUUGUCACUAUGCAGCCACACAAAAUGCCUCAUUGCACUAAUGUGUGCAAACUUUUGUUUCUUGCGCUAUGUUUAACAUUUACGAUAUGCACUUGUAGUACUAUUGUUGUUUUUCCUGGUCGAAUCUGUCAUGCUAUCUUAAGUUUUGAGUCUCCAAGAGAUUAAGUUGUUAAGUGAUUAAGUGAUUAAGACCAGCAUGAAUUGUUGUAAUAUUUUAUGCUUAUUUAGAUUUAAAUCUUUAGUGUUUUAUUCUAAACUUACAAAGCUUCGAAAAUGUAUGGCAUAUUCACUUUAUUUUGCCAUUUAACUAUAGCUUAAAGCCUGUGUUUGUUUUGUACUUUGCAAGCGUGUCGCCAUGUUUGUCCUGUGUCAUGUUGACAAAAAAAUAUAUGUAUCUCUGUCUCAUACAGGGGUGUAUUUCUCCCAAGCAUUCAUUUUCUUCAUCACGUUGUAUGUUAACUUGUAACUCGCAGUCAUUUUGAGUGCACAGAUAACUGUAACAAAAUAUUUUAACGGCUUAGUAGCAUCAAAAUAAUUUCUUACUGCAUUUUUAGAUAUAUAUCUAUAUAUAUAAUAAAUGUGCAGGUUUGUGUAAUCGUACUCUAAAAGGUAAAUGCAGACAUGCUUCAGAAGAUGCAAAAACCUGCAUGGCUGGUCAUAUUAUGCUACACCUUUAGCAUGAGGGCUGUUUUCCACUUGUUCUUAUGAUGCAUCACAUGCCACUACAUUUUUUAAGCACAUAUAGUUGUGUAAAGAAAAAGAAACGUAGUAGCCUAUGUUUUGCCUUUUCGUCCAUAUGUAAAUACGUGUUCCAGAUACACUGCUGGUUCCUCUAUCUUUACCAUACUGUGCAGGAAUGCUGUCUUUUUUAACUGGUUUGUAUGGUCCUGUUUUAGUGCUGUAGCAGCUGGUCAUACAUUUUCUUCAAUAUUCAAAAGUUUGCUUAUGACAUUCAGUACUAGACAAGGCAUCCAGGCAAGCACUGGGAAACUUCUACUGGUGUUCCAAGUUUCGCUUGCAUUUGUAGUGUUGCAAAUUUGUGUCGUGCAUACUUUGUCAGGUUUUUAUGUAGCAGAAAACUGUUUUAAUUGUGCUAGUACCCAUAUCGAAACUGGUAUCAUCUGUAUUUUGUGCCCCAACAUUAAUUUCUGUCUUAUGUUGUGGUCAAGCUUAGGUUGAGUUUGUGUUCGCCUUAAUUUGAUAGCUUGAUCAUGGCACCAAAACUACUACUAUUACCAUGAGGUGUUCAGUCUGGGUUUGACCUGGUGUUUCCUUUACGACCAUGUCCCUAUGCAUGCUUUGAGUAAACAGUAAAGUGAUUGUUCUGCCUUGUGGAUAACUCAUAUUCCAAGGCUUUGUAUUUGUAGUGUAUAGCCGUCUUUUUUCCCCCUCCUCAUGUUGCCUAUUACGUUGUAGUCCGUGAGUGCUGGCUGCCUGUCCAAUGAUGGAUGCACUGUAGCUUCAACUGUUCAUAGUCGUGUGUUGUGAUGGUUAAAAGGAAGCUCCUGUUGAUUUAAGAGCAAACAAAGCUGUUGUGACCUGCUGCUGCUGUGCCAUCAGAAGUGCCUGCAAUGCUUUCGAGGUGAUCCCAGGAUUAACCUUUUGUAGAAGUCUGAAAAAUAUGCCUUGUCAGAUGUGGUUGUCACUAGAAACAGGGCAUUUCUGCUACCUGUGGUCACAUUCCCACAACUCGUGCACUCUUCUGGGUUUUUUCAUCGUAAUUAGCUGCUGUUCAUCUGCAUUUCCCAGUGGGGUAGAUAUACCAGUUUAAAUGCAGAUAUAUAUGUAUGUUUACAAAUAUAAAUAUAUAUACACAUGCCUCUAUUUCUUUCUCCUGGUUAUGAGCCACAAUUUGGCCAUGCUGAAUUAGAUCGUGUACCAUCCAUUCAUGCCUGUUGUGUCAUUAGGCUGCUGAACAUUUUGUUUCAUUAUCAUCGUUUGCUUGGAAAGUCGUAUGCAAAUGGUGAAAAUAAAGUGCAGUGUUGGAUUGUA